AUGCAUACCGUAAACUUCUAUAGUGUGCUGGUUGUGUGCCUUUUUGGCAUAGUGUGCUCCUCCUGGUUUAAUGAGCCAGUGGCCAGCGCUUGGGCUGCCUCCCCUGCAGUUAACAAUAAGGGCAUAAAUUAUGAAGAUGACUACUACAAUGUUGCGCAAACGGAUUUAACGUCAUCCCCCCUAUCAGCUUCGGCAAUUAGAAGAAGGAGAUACAUCUUGAAUGUACGAUCCUUCGGAAAAACCUGCCUCUUGGAGUAUGAAAACCUUUGUGAAACGGCAGACUAUUAUAUCCAUGUGAAGAAUGGAAUAAGCGGCCAUCUUAUCAAGGCAAGCUUGAUUCAAAAGGAAUCAAGUGAUCUUGUCUCUGUACACAAUUUGAUGGACACCUUCUCUAAGGAUGGAAGUGUCCAAUUUAUCUUUAAAAGCAUUCCAUCCCUACACUACAGUGUCGUGUUGGAAAUGUCGGAUUUGAUAAACAAUGCGGACUACGAUAUUGGCAACAACUGUCACUGCCACGGAUGUAGUGACAAUACGAGAGUAAUUGACUUGAGCGAAAUGGAAAAUAGGAUCACACACACAGUAAGAAGUGACAAAAAAAAUAAAAUCACAUUUCCACAAAAGACAUUCGUCCAUGGAAAUUUUCUAUUUAGCAAAUUUCUAUAUUUUCACUCUGAACUAAAUGUAAAGACAAUUGAGAAUUAUACACAGCUAUAUUCUUUCUACGACGAAUUAGUGUCUCCUUGUUCAGGUACUAUUAUGACACACUCGGUGAAUUAUAACAUCCAUUAUGACAUGUCUAGCGUGCAUUGUUACCAUAUCGAGAUGGUCGAUAAGUUUAUAAAAAAGAUUCACUCCUCGAUUGAAGAUGAGAGGACAAGCGGGAGCUCGACGUUGAAUUUUGUUAGCGGUAAUAAUAGCCACCCCAUACUUAUCAAAUUGGAGGAUAGAAUCUCAAAUGACAAGUUGGUAACCAUUAGCAGAAAGGACUACAAAAUUCAACUUCCGUUGAAAUACAAAGAUGGUGGGUCUUACUCUUCGAGAGGAAUCGUCGUCGGACAGCUGGUCACAAUUUACACGCGUCACGUCUUUUUCCAGAAGAAGUACAUCUAUAAGAAUAACGUCAACAACCGAAUGGAGUACGUUCACAUGUUUAGAAUUCUUUUUAAUCUAUUCAAGAAGCUGUACAAUGUUUCUUAUGAAGAUAUGUUGCUCUACACCACCGGGUUGACGAUGAAAAAGGAGGGCCACACUUCCUCCUCUUCCGACGCCGAUCAGGACUAUAACAUAUAUGCCGAGGAGUUAUCCGUGUUGUUAAAUUCCCUUGCAUUUGAGUUCAGCGCGGAGGCAGUAGGUCUCAACAGAGAAGUGAUCGUGAUGAAAGAAUCCCAUUUUGUGUCAGAAUACGGAUCGAACCACUUCGCGCAAGUGAAGGAGCAUCAACUUGUCCUUAGAUCUUCCACUGAAAUAUGUUUAGUCGUUUUGGAAUCCAUCGCUCGUGAGUUAAGUGAGUUUAUAAACUUACGACUAAAGGAGGAGUAUAGGCACACGUGCAACACGAUGAGGCAGGGGCACAGCUAUGCGAACGUGUCGCCGAUGUAUCAUACCUAUGAGUUAGAUUGUAACCUCUCUGUUUUGUACUUGGAGUAUAACCUUGCUGAAGAUGUCAUGGUAAGUCGCCUCAUAACGAACAAGACUCUAUUUGAAGAAGUCAAAUUGGAGCUCUUUUACAACGACAUAUUCGGCUACACAGUCUAUUUGCAUGUGCAGGUGGAUGACAAGUUUGUGCGAAGCUUGAAGAAGCGCGUGCCGAAGUAUGUAAAUGGAACCACCGUGGUGACGAUGACGGUGAUAGGGAGAAGGGCCAACCCCAGCGACACGAGCGAUUUCUCCGAUGGGAUGGUAAUUCUCAAGGAAAUCUCAUUUCCCAUGCAAUGCACGGGGGAUAGCUGCUCAAGUAAGCAUCCCAUACUGGUGGAAGACAACUUUGACUACAUAACGGUUGGAGAGAUAUGUGUGCAAAAUGAAGGAUUGCCCAAAGUUUGCUUCCCCGCGUACAGUUCCGGGUACGUUUUUGACACGAGGUUGCUGCGAGUACACAUGAUCAGUAUCAAUCCAUAUCCCGAAAUUUUGCUGACCUCCUCAGUGCAGAGCUCCAUCGUUGAGGGCUCCUUUUGCAUUCUGACCCCCACCCGUGGAGAGAUCGUUCCGAACGUGUCAGUGCCCGAAGUGUACGAAGACACGGUGUGCAAGGAGUACAUCAACAGAUGCAGCCUCAUAACGACCAGGUUUGUGCUUAACCAUGCGGAGUCGCUCCAGGACAGUAUAGUGGCGGAGCUGAGGAAGAACCAGUUUGCAGUGCACCUGUCAACGCACUUUGAUGAGAAGCACGAGGAGAUGCUGCAGGUGGUGUAUCGGUUGGGUGGGGGAAGCGGCGGAGUACGCAGCGGAGUGAGCAGUGCCGAGCAGAGCUUCAUCCUGACUCACUACAACGAUAGCUUUUACAUAAACGGGCACUCGAACAAAAUUCACUGGAGGCGCGCCAAGGAGUCCUUUUCCAGGGGGGAGAAAGCCUCGCAUGGGGGUAGCGGAGAUGAUGAAGAGGAGGACGAUGAUGAGGACGCGUAUUACACCAAGCUGUCCUCUCAGAUCGACACCAAAACGCACCGAGUUCGCGUGGUCGACAACAAAGGAGUGCUGUUAACCCACGCACAGACGCCCAAACAGGACGACCCAACGGUUUACCACCCAUUUGGAGAAAUCAGUAUCAGCUACGAGAAGAUCAAGUCGGACGUGUACAUGAAAUUUUUGAAUGAUUAUGUGUACUUUUACGAGGGGAAAGAGAUGUACGAGGCGGGUUCGUCCAACGGAGAGGAGAUGUCGCCCCAUUUUGUGAACUUGUCUCCUUACCAGUACGAGUGCCUAGGAGCGUACGCCUACUUGAUGAACAAAUUCAACAUCCUCGUGAAUGACUCGCUCAAUUGUGACGCGAUACAGAUGAUAGUGGAAGUCUUGUUGAAGGCCAAAUUAGGGAAGUAUUUCAUCCAUCAUAAGAACAAGAAGAUACACUUGAAUUUUUUCAAAAAAGACAAGGAUUCACAUGACGUGUUUGACUUAGUAGACAUGGAAAUAUACGAAGCGCAUGCACCUUUGAAGCCGAUAAAGACGUACAGACUGAACGUCAGCAUUGAUGAGAAUAACUUAAACUUGUUGCACCAGCACAAGAAUGUGGAAUUCCCAAAUAAGUACUUCUCCAACGUGUAUAUACUUCUGUUUAAGGCGGCUUACUUAUCGAAUGGGUACGACUUUUACUCGUUCUUUCACGAGUUGACGGGAAUUCUCCUCAUCGACAGUUUUGUGGUGGAACAUUCGGACAAGUUGCUCCCCGAGGAGAGAGAAGCUGUGGAGGCCAUACAGUCUGUAUUGAAAGACCAGUUGGACGUAUCGCUGGAGAGGCACACCACGCAGUACGACUUGCUGAUAAAUGAGAUAUCGCUUCUCGCGGCGUACAUCACGGAGUUGACGUCGUCUUAUAGGAAGGUCCCCAGGAGAGGCGGCGAUUCAGACGAAGGGGAGAAAUCUGAAGCGGCGUCUGGAGCGGUGUCCAGCGCAGUGUCCGAUGAGCCCCUGCUCGGAAUCAAAUACUUCGUCUACGUGGACGAGUUCAAGUACAGCGGUGAGAAGGAGCUGACGGCGAAUGACAUGGCGUACCACCUGGCCAACUAUGGCGUCCUCAUUAUCAAGAAGAAGUCCCUGUGCUGUUCCAACUUUGUGGAUGAAGUGGAAAACUCUUUGAACUAUUACAUUGAACACAGAUACGUUUUGGCUACCCCCAGAUUUGAUCAGGGUGUGGCAGAAGCGUCGAUCCUGGAGGAUCUGGAGGCUCUAUCCUCCUCCUCAACAGGGCAAGAAGUGGUGAUGGGACGAAGCAUAGUACAGAGACUUCUCGGCCGAGAAGUAAGCGCCUCCGUUUUGAACGGACGCUGGAGCGAAAGCGACAUGGAGUACAUGGCCAACUGGAUCAUGGGCAAAGCGGGAUACCUAUCGCGCAAGGACGGAGCUGCACAGUUGCACAUUCACGUGAAUAUGCUAGAUUGCCUAGACAUGGACCUGCAGAAUCAUGACGAAAAUGUGAUCACGGAGUUCACGUCCAGGUUUGACAAGCACGGAGCGGUCGUGUCGAUCACGAUGGAGAUGGGAGAAAACAUCGCCGGAGCGGAAGCAGCGGGGAAAGCGGCGUGGGAAGAAGGACAGGGAGCGGGGAUAAAAGCCGCGUCCGAAGCCGCGCAUACAGACCGAACGGACAGCUACGCCGUCUACUUCCUCUUCAGAAACCUGUCCGUCCCCUUCGUGGGAGAGACACACAGGAAGGAGCCGCUCGAAAUGCGCAGAGUGCUGCUGCUGAAGGGUGGCGACCCACACAAAGUGACCAACCAAUUGGCGGAAUUCAAAGUCUACAUCGACAACGUGAGCAGCAAUUCCAUUUUUAUGCUGGAGAAGGUCAUCUUCGUUUCGAAAGAGGGCAACGAGUUGGUGAAGGAGAUCAACGUAGAGUACCAGACCUUCUUCGUGCCCCCCUACGGCAUGAUCCUAAACACGGUCAUUAAGCAGACACAUAUAGAAGUGAACGAAGUGUAUUACGACAAGAUGUUGCAGUGUCACCAUUACUAUAACGGGCUGCAGGUGUGUAACAAUUCUGAAUUCGAUUACGAAGGGUUUUCCCCCUACUAUGUGUCUUAUUUGGAAAAUAACCAGCGAAAGGAUAUUUUGUUUAAGAGCAGGGAAGAGGUAGCCAGCAUGAUUAACAACGGGUACUUGACUGUUUCGAAGAGGUUCCAACUUGGCAUGGGAGGAGACGUCAUGACAGCAGAUAUUUAUCGAACGGUUCGUAUCAUCGUGGAGGAAGUGGCUUACUCAGUAGGCAUACAAAAUCUAGGAGAGAAGUCUUGCGGAAAGCUGUAUCUGAACCGGGGCAAACUGCACGUCCCAAACGAUGGAAAGUCCCUCAUUUCGAACAUCUUCUACGACACGAAGUAUUGUAUUGAUAAAGGGGCCGUCUUAAAGGAGAUACUUCAGAUAUGUCACUUCGAGAAGAAGGAUUUGGUGAAGUUGUUUGACUAUCUAUACAGCAAUGUGCUGCCGUACCAGUUGAACCAGAGGCUUGCCGAUUCGCUAUCCAGGGAGGAGGUUCUCAGCCUGAUUUACUACUUCUUAUCGGUCCCGCCGCAAAUGAAUGAGCUGAUUAAGAAGAAUUCGAUUUAUCUCGAGAUCGGCGAGGAUAGCAGCGUGUUGGGGGAGAAGGACACCCCGAAGGUGAGUGGCGGAGAGGAAGAGGCAUCCACACCAGUCGUAGUAGUGGUACCUUCCGCCGAGCCUCUCCUGGACUGGCUCCUCAUAAAAAAGAGCAUGCUAUCCCCGAAGAGACUGAACGAGGAGUCGAUCGUGCAGUUCAACGUGGCGCUGUACACGGAGCUGCUGAAGAACAUGCGCCACUUUCACGCGAAGAGUGGGAAGGAGGUGGACCCGAAACACGUUUCGACAGAGGUGCAACCACAGGUAGAGGAGGACCAGAAGGAGAAGAUCACCGACGAAGUGAAGAGCUACCUUCAGAACAGCCACACGUGCAGCGUGGACGGCCCAAGAGACGGCGGCGAAACCCUCUCAUUGACGCCUCCCCUCUUUUCGAACGCCGGACCGCUGUUCAAGCCAGACGAGAUCCUAACCUACAACAUGCCGAGCUUCACUUACACGGACAGCGCCAUCUACGUGAAGGACCAGGCGGACAUUCAUAGCGCCUUUAACAACUUGUUUCUCUUCGAGGGACAGAGUACCGCACAUGGUAAGUAUCUCAGCGCAAUAGUGGUGCUCUCUCCGCAUAAGUUUUCAUUCCUCCAGCAUAUUAGCUAUGUAGGGCUCAUAGCCAACACGUUUGACGACGCACACCAGUUUGUGCUGAAGUGUUACCCUAAUAGGAAGUACGACACGUCGGGAUUUUCCAGCAAGUUUAACCUAGAGGACAACACGGUGUACUUAGUGUGUCGAAACGUGCACGUGAAAUUUCUAAAAAAUGGACUUUACGAGUUCAACAAGUAUGUGGUAGAAUACGACUCGCAUUCGAACGGCACCGUCGGGCACCACAUCUAUGAGAGCCUGCCGAUAAGGCCCGUAUACCAAGUUGACAAUGCCCCCGAGGUGGUGGUUCCCAAGGUGGAGAAGAUUAACAUUGAGGUGAAGCUCGUGCCGAGCAGUGGAAGCGGCGAGACCAGUACGCCGGACAAGAACGCCCAGCGCGUGGAAUACCACAUAGAGGUGAAUGGACCGGUUGAGCUGCACACCGACCCGUAUGUUGUGGUGAAGCCGCUCUUUAACUACACGUCGUAUUUGUACAAUACGAUUAUCUACACGAUCGACGAUUUCGUGUCUCACACGUUCCCAAGGAAGCUGAAGCUUUGGGAGUUCUGGAGGCUCCCCUUUAGCAAACGUCUCUUCAAGGACAAGACGCUUACGUUGAGAACGCUGCAGUGUAGUCCGGAGAGGGGGUUAGAGGACAAAUCGAAGACGCACUGUGUAUAUUCCCUCGUCAUGGUCAAGUCCUUCACCUUGGUGAAGGUCGUCAUAAAGGACCUCUAUGGAAACGAGUACGAGGUGAACUUGGACGGGGAGGAGCUGCCGAAAGGAACGGGCCCGAUCGGUGCCGCGGGGAGUCCAGUAGAGGGUAGCCCAAGCGGGGAAGAAGCCGGGCAAACAGGAGAACAAACCAAGCCGGGCAAGGAAGUGACCAGCCCAAGCGGGGGAGAAGCAACCAAGCCAACCGUGGAAGAAACCAAGCCGGCCUCUACCCCUGCACCUGCCCCGACACCAGCCGCUACCGCUACCCCUGCCGCCACCCCCUCGCAGGGCAGCACGAAGUUGUGCACCUCGUUCCUACUCAGCAUACAGGGCGAAAGCACCGGCGGAGACAAUGAUGCCACCUCCUUGGAGGAGGCCUUCUUCCUCGUGCACUCGUCGUGCAUCGUGAGGGAGGGCGUCAUAAAGCUCAGCGUAGCGGAGGACAGGGAGACCUACUCCACGGACGCGCAAGAGAAGCGCCUCAUGAAUAAGGACACAUUCGACGAGAUCUACAAAAUGAUAGGCGAGCAGAUCAAGCUGCAGAAAGGAGACUACUCGGUAACCAUUUCAAGGAGAGCGCAGAAGGGGGAGAUCCCCGAUAAGAAUCUGUCGGUGCAAAGAGUGCACGAAGACGGAUCGGCCUACUACAACAACAGCGGAAUUUUCAACUUUUUGAAGAAGGGGUUCAACGUGAACUUGUUUGGGAAAAAGGGACAAGCGGCGCCAGUACCCCCUAAAGAGGUCGACAAGGUAGAGGCGGAGAAGGAGGAACGGGCUAAAGAAGGACGGGCUAAAGAAGAACGGGCUAAAGAAGAACGGGCUAAAGAAGAACGGGCUAAAGAAGAACGGGCUAAAGAAGAACGAUCCAAGGUAGACACCACCAAAGUAGAUCCCACCCAGGUGGAGUACGACAGAACAGUCGACAACCUCAUAAGCAUCAAGAGGAUAGACGUACCGAAGGAUGACAAAGAAGAGGCGUACGAACACAAGUACAUGCUACUUAUGGGAACGCUGAACUCUAGUGUAACUUCCGUGGUAGUGAAAGACGGAAAGGUGAGCGCAACGUGUUUAGAAGGAGACUGCGUUUUGGAGAAUACUUUCAUUGAGGACAUGAUGAACGCGAAGAAUCUGAAGAACGGCACCUACGAACUGGACAUAAAAAAGAGGAUCCAAUUGAUCAAGAGCGAUGAGAGCGGAAGGAGAGUCGCGCCAUCGUCAUCCUCAUCGUCUUCCCUGAGAGGGGGAAGCACGCGCAAGGGCGAUACCCUCGUGUGCAUCGUGGAAAACUCGUUUAACACGCUAAGUGGAGGCAUGAAAUUUAGGAAGAUAGUCCAUGUGCAAGGCCAGGAAGUGGGAGGAAUAAACGGGACGUACGACGUGUUUAUAAAUGAGGGGAGGUACAUAAUAAAUAAGGGCAACAGUAGAGCAGCUGCGAAAGACUAUAUUAUGAUCCAAGUGUGCAUUAACGAAGCGUGGAAGAUAAACGAUAACAAGGACUACAAAUUAGAAGUGCAACUCAUGAGCAGUCUUUCUAAUGUUGCCAAAGUAGGCCCCGAGGAGAAAGAAUACUACCUCUCGGUGAACAAGUUAAAACACAACGGCAUGCCGCUAGAUCCGAAAAAUAAUGUGGUGCAUUUCAUUGGAAAGAAGGGGUUAGACGAUGGCAAGUACAUUGUACAGGUGAAUGGUGACAAGUACAUUUCGGACGCGCUGAGCGUGACGAGUGACGAUGCAGAAAGGACUGUUAGUACUACGCCUCUAGGGAGGGAAGCGGCCGAUCAGGUGGAGCGUUUCUUUCAAGACGUAUUCAAGAUGUUACACAAGAAGCCAAGCGACGGGUCUUACUAUGUAGAAAUUUCAGACAGCGAAAUUGCCGAUGUGAACGACAAGAUGUUUUUCAGAGAUCAGAUAGUGUUGACUGAACCGGCGGAUACUUCUACUCAUGGGAUGAAAGAUGGACGAGAUGAAGAAGUGGACGAAGAAGUGGACCACGAGGACAUGAUCGAGAAAGCUUACUUAGUGGAUAUAGUGCCUGACAGCGAAGACGACCAAGGAGCUUCGCAGUACGAAGAGGUAUACAUCCUGCACAGGUAUACCCUAAAAGCCGGGCACUUCCAUAUAGAAUACGAUAAUGGCGUGUGCACACUGAAAGGUGUAAUGAGAGGAGAUGAAAGCGCACGUUCGAGCGACAUGGAAAAUGUGCUGAAGAUAUCAGGCAGGAAGAUCAGCAAUGGCAGUUACUUUGUGCACAUUGGGGAGCUCUUCAUGGAUGAGCAGGGCGAAUACUUUGACAAUCCCUAUGCCCCCCAAUGGAAGAAGGCCCACCAUACAGGAGGACACCACAGUGCAGAAGGACACCAUGGUGCAGAAGAACACCAACCUGGUUUCGACGCGAAAGAGAUAGAGGAGGAAGGAGAGGCCCUAACCGAUGAAGCGUUUUGGAACCACGUCAUGCAGAAUGUGCCCGGGGGAGAGUUCCACGAGGGGAUCAUGCUGAAACCGAUGACCACCGCACAUCAGGAAAAUGGAACCAAGGGAAAAGAUGAUCGCCCCUUUCACGCCUACGUUUAUAUGGAUAACGACGGAAAAGGAAACAGCUGCAAGUAUAGGAAGGUUCUACAGGGAUGGGGCACUGGGUUGCAAAAGGGCAAGUACUAUGUACAAGUCCUGAACGGGUCCUACUUCCCAACAACGGUCUCCGGUCCGUAUGUGAAUAAUGAGUAUUUGAAGAUGCUCAUAGAGAAUGCGUGGGGUUAUCCAUACGGAUCCAUCUUGGGGUUCUAUGUCGACAUUCACCCGGGAGAUUAUGAAGAAGGGGAGCAGCAGAUGAAGAGCACGCUGGAGACAGGGGAGGCCUAUUACAGCGUCAGCAUUAAGCAGUUGAAUGGUGACCUCGAUAACGGGGGAGAUGCAACGAAGCAGGAGAAGCUGAAAGAGGAGCUCAUCAAAAUUGCCGGAAGAGAAGUACCCACCGGAGAAUACUUCAUAGAGGUGACUGCUAAAAACGGCAUCGCUACCGGAAUGGACUCGGAUGGCAAAAAAAUGGAUCUGUCUUUUCUCAAAAAUGUGGUGCUUCUUCCGUAUGACAUGAUGAAGAGGGGAAAGUACCACGUGGUGAUCACUAAGGAUGUGCAUAAGAAGCUGCUGAAUAAGACCCUUGCGUUGACCAAGGUGAACCUAGUGGACGAUCCCCAGAUCGUGCAAAAGGACGAAACGAUCAUCACAGCGAUCAAGAUACACCCGGAUAGGAACAUCCCAGACGGAAGUUACCGAAUGGAUGUGGACAACAAUGGGACGAUCCAAAUUAGGGCAAUGUACAUGGGUAGGUCAUUAGCCCCAUCGGAAGAGAGAGAACUGAAGAGCGUGUUGCCAUCCCCCUCACCAAGCGGAUUGGCUAGCGGCCUCUACCUCGUGCAGGUGAAGAGCAGUGAGGAGAAAGAGGAAGGAUCAAGAAGCGACUUAAGAGAGGAUAGGGACACAUCACGGAGGACUGCCUCCUCUUCUUUAUCUGGCUCCCCCUCGUGUAUAAGCACCCCCGCGGGAGAGAAGACCUCCAUGACUAUAAGGAACAGGGAUGGCAGCAUGGUGUACUAUGACAACCAGCCACACGCCAUGGGUCGAAUAGCUAUGCCAUCCGUCAGGGGCGACAGAACGAUGACUCAGUAUCAGCGAGGAAACUGUCAGGAGGGCAUAAAGCUAACCCACUGCACGUCGUCGAACCCGGGAAACUGCAGGAAUGUGUUCAAGGCCCGACGGGUUGGAGAAUGA